UGUCGAUAUGGGAUUUGUUACGUUGUAUUAUAUAAUUUUUUGUUAGUUUGUAAGUUUUAUAGUUGUAUUCGCGUGUGUAUAGUAUGUGGAUGUGGUGGUAUUACUAGCUAAAACUCUUUAAUGUAUAAGGAAUAUCGUAUUAUACAUUAUUUGUUAAGUUUUGUUUUUAUGCGUCAGUUUGUUUUGUUCACAUAACCUAACGUUCCUCCACAUGUUAACAUGCUUGUUCGUGUUAAACAUGAGCACAGGGAAGCGUACCACGUUCACGCAAUGUAAUGAACACCUAGUGAAACACUCUACGAUCCGGAAUUCUGAGCAUACGAAACCGUCAACGAUAUUCUUGAACAGCAUCAGUGGCACUACCAUCGCAGAACGCACAACAUAUCAACAUAUUCGUCAUUUGCGAAGAUGUGCAGCGUUUAUCACGACGCUCUUGCAAUGUUACGAUUAACAGUCACAGACACAGCGAUCACGUUGAUCACGGAAAUCACGGGUGCGUUGCAAAUGCCAGUUAGCUUGAUGUGCCCAACAAAGUAGAGAUGGCAGCAACAGUAUGCGCAGGACGCAACUACGCAUGUUUAAAUCUAUUCUGGCAGGUUUAUAAUCCCCUUUUCCCCUUAACGGUCAUAUCCGGUCUUCACCUUCACGCCGUUUCACACUCUUCAGACAGUGGCGCAGUAAGGCGGGAGGGAAGGGCAAUACUGGGCUACAAAUACAAACUACUGUACAGUGAAACAGCUCUAUCUCAGAAACCGUUCGAAAUAGAGUACAUGUAAAUAUACAAGUAUAAGCUGUUUUGCUUAGAAUGACCGAUACUAUGAUCCCCCAGAAUAUUGCCCUUUCCACCAGGGAUACCUGUGUAGAGGGAUGUGAGAUUAUUGUUAAAGUUGAGGACCAUAGUCCUAGUUCAGUUUGAAGUACAAUCAAGGGCCAGGCCGAAUUAUAUCGAGAACCAAGUGUGAUUUCGUGUUAUCUCCCUGAAAGAUAAGAUAGAGUUGUGAGAAAGGGCGAAUUCACAAGAUGGCCAAAGAAAUGUGUAGCUCAGACAACUCUGGAAAUAUUGAACGUAUGGGCUCCGAUUGUGAAACGAAAUAAAUUCCGUGCAUUCAGAAUAAAGCAAGACAGAAUAUUUGCUUUCGUGCCGAAUACCGCAAGGACUCCGAAGCAAGUGACCUCUUACAUAAAUGAAUAUGGGAAACGGAUUUAUGGUUCACCGUGUUUUCUUGAAAUGUUCAUCUUGUCUUUCUUGCCGCUUCAUACAGAGUUUAUGGCUGCUCCUUUAGUGACAGAAUGGCGUAUUCGGCACGAUGUUUGAAGUUUGUUGUCCUUACAUUUACUGUCUUAUUCGCGGUGUCCGGAGUGGUGACGGUGGUGUUCAGUGUCGCCAACUUAGUGCACUUCUACGCACACAACCGCUUUGUGCCCAGUUGUGUAACUGUUCCCGUACUGCUGCUUGCAUUGGCUGGCCUGGCGGCGUGUCUUGUAGCAGCAGUUGGCUGGUGUGGAGCCAUGGCGGGAAACACCUGCCGUCUGCGUGCAUUUUCAGUGUUCUUGAUUGUGGUCAUCAUGAGUGAAUUUGGAGCCUCGAUAUAUGCUCUGAUGUCUCGAACCGAUUUCAAAGCCGACGUGACAAAAGCCAUGGAGGAAUCCUUCUCCAAUUACACAAAUGAUAAAGCUGUCGCGGAGGACUGGAAGUCAUUGCAAAAGGAGCUGGAGUGCUGCGGAGUUGAUGGACCUAAUAACUACCGUAGUCUUGGGAUGAUGGAUUGGUCAUGCUGCCUGGCGGGAACCCGUCACGAGGGGACGUGUCACGGGGUGAAUCAACGAGGAUGUCUUGAGUCCUUGACGCACGAGAUUCAGCGCCGGCUACUGUGGUUGUCUCUGCUAGGCAUCGCUGCAGCCAUCGGUCAAAUGACUGGCGUUCUCUGUUCGUGCUGUUUGUUAAAUUCUCUCAGGAACGAAAAGCGACGAAACAGAGUACGAAAUGUAACAUCGUUAAACAAGGACUGAAAAUCGAUGGAAGGUGUUCUCAUGGAUCUCAGUGGAUCAUUGGUCUUUGAAGAAUAUUUAAAAUUUAUCUUAAACGAUUAUAUUGAGACAACUUGAGCUAAAUCAGAGGCGGGAAUUUUCUUUUUUAAUUC